AGGAUCACGAAAUAUUUGAUUUAGUAGACGAUUUAGAAAAUGCAGAAGGGGAAGAUGUAACUUUUUAUUCAUGGCUCGGAGUAGAACCUACAGCUAGCGAGAAAGAAAUUAAUAAAGCGUAUCGUAAAUUAUCUUUAACUUUACACCCGGAUAAAAAUCCUGAUAAAGAUAGCAAAGAAAGAUUUUCUAGAUUAGGUUUAAUAAGUGCAAUUUUGCGUAAUUCAGAGUCAAGAGAACGAUACAAUUUUUUUCUAAAGAAUGGAGUACCAAAAUGGCGUGGUACUGGCUAUUAUUAUAACCGUCAUAGACCGGGACUUGGUGCCGUAGUAAUAUUUUUAUUAAUGCUAUCAUCAUUGUUUCAUUAUGUUAUCACGUGGAUAAACUAUUAUCGGGACAAGCAACGUGUACGAUAUUAUAUACAAGAAUCGAGAGAAAUCGCCUGGGGUAAAAGAAUGAAAAAACAAAACACCAGGAAAAAAAUUUUUGUUAAUGAAAAGAAUUUCAUUGUUGAUUAUGAUAAUGUUUUCUUGUUGACUAAAGAUGGUGAACAAUUUAUUAUGGAUGAGAAUGAAAUCGAGAAACCAAGAAUUUUGAAUAUUUUUAAAUAUCAAUGA